AACAAAACAAAAAACCAAACACAUGCACCACACUUAGCUCACAUGAGUCUACAGGUGACAAUAGAAGAAACAAGAGAUUCUUGAUGAAGUUGUAGCCGAGCGCUCGCAAGCAAGCACCUCACCUCAGAGAUCUGGAGCACCGGUGCUGGCCGAGCUGUCACCAUGCCUCUGGCUAGAGAUCUUUUACACCCUUCCUUGGAAGAUGAAAAGAAAAAACAUAAGAAGAAACGGCUGGUUCAGAGCCCAAAUUCUUACUUCAUGGAUGUGAAAUGUCCAGGCUGCUACAAGAUUACUACAGUUUUCAGCCAUGCUCAGACAGUGGUUCUUUGUGUAGGUUGUUUAACAGUUUUGUGCCAGCCAACAGGAGGAAAAGCCAGGCUCACAGAAGGCUGUUCAUUUAGAAGAAAGCAACACUAAUCAUCUAUAUAAGUUCCUGAGUUUGCACUUUUCACAGAAAGCCUUACCAAGUUUAGUGACUCUACCAAGACAAUGUAACUGUAACUGUGUUUGAUUUUAUAAAGUAUACAACAGUGAUCUCCUAUUUUGAGUCAGUUUUUCAAUAAAGUUUUAAUUAUAGACAAAAAAAA